AGUGCAUGCAGCAGCACACAAAGGAGGAGGAAAGAUGACAAGUGAAAAGCCAUAUGAACCUAAAAACAUCCUAAUAACAGGUGCAGCUGGCUUCAUUGCAUCCCAUGUUACGAACCGUCUGAUAAAAAACUACCCUCAUUACAAGAUUGUAGCACUAGACAAGCUUGACUAUUGUUCCAGCCUCAAGAACCUCAACCCCUCUUACUCCUCCCCAAAUUUCAAAUUUGUAAAAGGCGAUGUCGGAAGUGCUGACCUAGUCAACUACCUCCUGGUCGCAGAGAACAUCGACACCAUUAUGCACUUCGCUGCACAGACCCAUGUCGACAAUUCCUUUGGAAACUCUUUCGAAUUCACUAACAACAAUAUUUACGGCACUCAUGUGCUUCUAGAAGCUUGCAAGAUCACCAAUCAAAUUUGUCGCUUCAUCCACGUCAGCACUGACGAAGUUUAUGGCGAAACUGACUUGGAGACCGACAUUGGCAAUCCUGAGGCGUCUCAACUCCUCCCCACUAACCCUUAUUCGGCUACUAAAGCCGGGGCUGAAAUGUUGGUCAUGGCAUACCAUCGGUCCUAUGGCCUGCCAACGAUCACGACACGUGGCAACAAUGUAUAUGGACCAAAUCAAUUUCCAGAAAAGCUAAUACCCAAAUUCAUUCUUUUGGCAAUGAAAGGGGAAAAUCUGCCUAUUCACGGCGAUGGGUCGAAUGUGAGAAGUUAUUUGUAUGCUGAGGAUGUAGCCGAGGCAUUCGAUGUGGUGCUCCACAAAGGGCUUAUUGGACACGUGUACAAUAUCGGCACCAAGAAGGAAAGGAGCGUGUCAGAUGUCGCGAGAGACGUGUGUAAGCUUUUUGGAUUGAAUUCGGAGGAAGUCAUAAAGUUAGUCCAAGACAGGCCUUUCAACGACCAGCGAUACUUCUUGGAUGAUCAGAAGCUGAAGAGACUCGGGUGGGUGGAGAGGACUACAUGGGAGCAAGGGCUAAAAAUGACAAUGGAAUGGUAUAUUAGGAAUCCUGAUUGGUGGGGAGAUGUGACUGCAGCACUUCACCCUCACCCUCGUGUUUCAAUGAUCGGUCUCCCCAACGACAACACUUGUUUCUUGAAGUACACCAUGAGGAGCGACACCAAUCGGGACUCUGGAUUGAAGUUUUUAAUAUAUGGGAGGACCGGUUGGAUCGGAGGAUUGUUGGGGAAACUUUGCAAGGAAGGUGGGAUUGAAUUUCAGUAUGGGAGGGGGAGAUUGGAAGAUAGGAGUUCACUCAUUGAUGAUAUUAGGAGAGUAAGGCCUAGUCAUGUGUUCAAUGCAGCAGGGGUGACUGGGAGGCCUAAUGUGGAUUGGUGUGAAACACACAAAGUUGAAACAAUUAGAGCCAAUGUGGUGGGUACACUGACUUUGGCUGAUGUUUGCAGAGAACAAGGCCUCAUCAUGUUGAAUUUCGCAACCGGGUGCAUAUUCGAGUAUGAUGCAGGGCAUCUGCAGGGGUCCGGUGUUGGAUUUAAGGAGGAAGACAAGCCAAAUUUCAUAGGAUCCUUCUACUCCAAGACCAAAGCCAUGGUGGAGGAACUACUGAAAGAAUUUGAGAAUGUAUGCACCCUAAGAGUUCGAAUGCCAAUCUCAUCUGACCUUAGCAACCCAAGAAACUUUAUCACAAAGAUCGCUCGUUACAGCAAAGUUGUGAACAUUCCAAACAGCAUGACAGUCCUAGAUGAGCUCUUGCCCAUCUCCAUAGAAAUGGCGAAGCGAAAUUGCACGGGUAUUUGGAACUUCACCAACCCAGGAGCGAUUAGCCACAAUGAGAUCCUUGAGAUGUACAGAGACUACAUUGAUCCUAAAUUCAAAUGGGUGAACUUUGAUUUGGAAGAACAAGCAAAAGUGAUUGUAGCACCAAGGAGUAACAAUGAGAUGGACAGUUCAAAGCUGAAGAAAGAGUUUCCUGAGUUGUUGCCAAUCAAAGAUUCAAUCAUCAAGUUUGUCUUCAAACCAAACAAGAAAACUUGAAUCAAUCAUGGUUUCUGAAUUGAAAUUUGAUUUGAUGACAUUAUUGUAGUGAGAUUUCAAUUGUAGUCCUCAUAAUAUUUAAUUGCUUUU